AUGUUUAAUAUUAAUUCUGCUUCUGAUUUUCUUUUAGAUCACAUGAUGAUGGAUAAUUCAUUAUCUUUACCUUUAUCUUUACCUACUUUACCAUGGGUAAUACAAACAGAGAUUAUUUAUAUAUUAUGUAAUUAUAGAAGGAAUGAAUACAUUCAAUCGAUCAGAUUAAAAGAUGUAUUUAAUAUUGCUAGUGUAUCACAUACGUGGAGACAUGCAACUAAAGUGUCAUUGUCAUUAGAUUGGGUUAUCAAUGUCAAUAGACACUCUCUCAAAGAGUACAGACAACACUCUGAAACCCAACUAUGUCUCCUUUCACAACCCAACCAACACAAACUACACUUGGUAUUGUUUCCUUCAAAUUCCAACUUGGAGUAUGCCGAUCAAAACCAAGAUUGUUUCAAAGAGAGUGUAGUCGAUAGAUUGUCGUAUCUUGCAAUCAAUAGGUACACUCCUAUUGAUUGGAAUAGUCAUAUCAAGGGACGAAUACCUUCACUCAAAGCAAUGCAUAUCUACUCGUACAUUGAUCAAUAUACCAAAUUUUCACUAGAGGUAUUUCAGUGUUUGGAACAACUACAAGUUGUGUUUUCUGGUACUAAAUGUCAACAGAUAUGCAAUGUACUAUCAAGUUGUCAAAACCUAAAGUCUCUCACAAUCGAUAUCCAAUCGUGUAUUGACUUGGAUGUUGGAAAGGUGUUUUCAAGUAUCCCUCGUACCACCAACAAGCUAAUAUGGGGCGACAUAAAUCAAUACCAACCAUCAUACGACCCGUCGGUCAAGCCAUACCCAUUCCACCUUCUCCCAGACGCCCUAAACGAACUUGUCUUUUGGGAUGCUAAUCUUGUACCCAAUCAACCAUACUAUGACUAUGUACUCGGUCAUCCAGUGCGUAAGGUUAUCUACUAUAACCUGGUAACACCUCAAUUUGUUGACUUUUUAUCGUGUCCGUCUUCGCCAAUCAAAGACCUCAUGCUCUACGUCAUAGAUGCACCCAAAACAUUUUCGAUCGCCCAAAGGGCAAUCGUUCCACCAUUGAUCGAAAGUUUAGAGUUGAUAGUCACCAAAGAGAUUGGGUUACAAGUUUUGGAAUGUGUUUUCAAGCAUAAUGGUCCAUUACCAAACCUACACACAAUCAAGAUCGAUUCAUCCGAUGAUUUCCUCCAUCUCCUCAUUCAUCAUAUCCAACAACCAAGUCAAUCCAUUCUUCGGGUCAUUGACUUUUCAAUCUUCUUUACCUCUCCAUCUGCCAACCAACAAUUAUUGAUCUUUCUAGAUGCAGUCACUUCAAGUAAAUCAAUUGAAAAGGUUUACUUUAGAAACAAAUUAAAGAAUCGAGAAGAAGAAGAGAGACAUACUACUACUAUUAAAAUAGGAGGUGUAGUGCUGAAUGUGGCAGGAGUAUCGAGAGCAUGGAGAAGAGCAACUAUUACAUCGUUGACUAUUUGUUGGUACUUUAAUACAAACAAGCAUUCUAUUGAAGAGUAUAGACAUCACUCUGAAAAUGAGUUGAGUCUCUUUUCGGGUGUUCACCACCCACUCGGUCAUCACACUUUAGACCUCGUACUUCAUCAUGGCAGUGACAUUGCACGUGUCAAUAAAGAAUAUAUGCAAUCUAAUUUUGAAUGGUUCAAAGACAAUGUAAUGCGUAAAGUGUCGGAUAUCUAUAUUGACGAUGGUAGAGAGACGGUUGAUUGGAUGGACACUCUCAUGCGAGUUGGACAUCUCCCUACACUCGAACAAUUGACAUGGAGGUUUGAUGGCGAGGUGCAUCAUAAUAUAAUGCCACUUGACUUGUUUAGUCAUUUAGAAGUACUGGAUAUUGUAUUUAACCGCAAGACAUGUCAAGAUAUAUGUAUGGUAUUGUCAAGUUGUCAUAGAUUAAAAGUAUUGGACGUGUCGAGUGGUAUCACUAAUUGUCCAGACCUAGAUCUAAACCAAGUCAUAUCGAGUAUGCCUAACAGUCUAACCAAGCUGUGUUGGGGGAAUCAACACCAAUACCAGUAUUUCCCGGGUGACCCGUCAAUACCCUCAUUCCCCUUCCAUCUCCUACCCAAGAGUAUACGACAACUAAAAGUUUGGCCGUCUGCACUUACAUGUACACAAUCCUACUACGACUAUGUCAAAGACAAUUCGAUCGAUACUAUUGUCCAAUACGACAUCCCCCUUGAAUCAGUCGUCGACUUUUUAUCGUCUCCAACAUCAUCGUCCUCUGUCAAAGACCUCUACCUCGAUAUUCUCCACACUCCUCCAUUUCAAAUUGAACAACGUGCAUUAGUACCACCCAAUAUAGAAGUAUUAGAACUUGGGUAUGGUAUCAAUACAGAGUUGAUGGAAUGCGUAUUCAAGUAUAGUGGACCAUUGCCAUACUUACAUACCGUCACAAUCGACUCUGUCAGUGAGUAUUUCAGUUCGAUCGCCCCGUUCAUCCAAACAAGUCGAUCUUUACGAAUCAUCGAUAUCACCAUGUCAUUCCAAAUCAAUACUGCCAACCUAUCUAGAGCUAACAUGGGCCUACUACUAACAGCCAUGUCCACUAGUCCCAGUUUAGAAAAGGUCUACUUGAGAAGAAAUGGUGUUAACAAGACUGUCACAAACUCCAUCAAAAAACAAUUUCAUACCAUCCCAUCCCCUCAUCCACUAGUCAUCAUUGACAAUAUUGAUUUAAUAAUCAUUAAUACAAAUAAUGAUAAUCCUCAGUCUUGGUCAAAAGAUGAUACUCGUGCUUGGUUAAACAAAAUGAAACCAAUCUACAAUUUCAAUGAUGAACUCGUGGAUUUAGAAUUGGAUGGUUCCAUCCUCAUAGAUCUGGAAGUUUGUUUCUUUCAAAGUCGCACCCCAAAAGGUGAUUUGGUGUUUAAAGCAUUACACAGUCUAGUUGAAGAGUUUACUGAAUCAUCCUCUUCUGCUCCUGUUCCUCCCAGUACCGAGAUGAUUCGAAUAUAUGCAACCGAUUCUGUCAAUCGAGAUGCCAUUUUAAAUGUAGGGUUGGAUAACAAACUUUCAAUGGUAAGAGAUACGACAGAUCAGGACAAGAGCCAUCAAGAUUCGAAUCUUGCCCAUUUGGAUCUUUGUCUGAUAGAAUUCAAAUUAGGAACUUAUGCAUGGGACAACAUCCAAAUUUAUCUCAAGUCUUAUCAUGAAAUUCUGGCCAAUGGUUUGAGAGAAAGAAAUCGUCCAGAGUCUCCAGUCAUCCAAAGUCUCUCAAAACCAGGAGAUUAUGUUGUAGUUGUACUCAAAAAGAGAUUUACUGUCAGCAAAAGCACCAUCUGGUGCAAAACACUCACAAAACAAUUCGAAGUCCCAGUCCUCUUAAAUGAAGAUCGCUGGAAAAGAAUGAUUUUCGAUCCAUUUCAUCUUUUUCAAGACACUACAGCAGUACUGAAGGACUCAAGAACCAAAAGAGAUAUUCCAAUCAACAGUGUAUUCAUCGCUGAUGGUGGUGCAUAUACUCUCUCCGUACCAUGGGUAUACACUAACUCAUCUCAGUCUGAAUCUUUUGAUUUUUUGCUUAAUAAUUGUAUAGGAAACAGCCAAACUGGUAAAGAACAACAUCCAUCUUGUAUUCCUAUCAAUUCUGAAUGCUCUACUGGCUUAUGGCAUAAAAUUUAUUCCUCCUUACCUAUAAUUGGUAAAAGACAGAACAAAUUUGAAGCUGAAUAUGUAAUCUUGGAAUAA